AUGAGGUAGCUGACUUAUUUUUUUGCCAGUACUGCAACUAUGGCAACCCCAGUGUUGCAGGGGUUUUGAAUCAUCAGAAAUUAAGACAUCGCUGUCUUCAGAUAUCCACUAAUCAGAUUCUUCAAUAUACAUCUGAGCUUCGUAGUCAACAAUCUACAUCUCAGUCUGCUGGAUUUGGGGCCCCUAACUCCUCUCUCCUCAGAUCUGAUGUUGGGAAUGAGGCAGGUAACUUGUUUUUCUGCCAGUUUUGCAACUAUGGAGAUCCCUUAAUGAGCGGGAUUUUUAAUCAUCAGAAGAGAAGACACGGUCAACUCAAAACAACUCCUGAUGACAUCUUCAGGCAUACUGCUGAGGUUCGAGGACAAAUGAAAACAUCAGAAGAGUCUAAAAGAGUCAACUCAAUGAACUCUUCUCACAUCUUACCUCUUCCUCUUGUGACGGAAGAGGCUGUGUUAUUCUGUCAGCUUUGCAACUAUAGCAAUCCAACCAUGAGUGGGGUUAUGGAUCAUCAAAGGAAAAGACACCCUGAUCUUAAGGCAACUCAUAAACAAAUUCUUGAAUAUACUGCUGCAAUGAUUUUGGCCCAAUCUGGCAAAUCACCUCACUCAUCAUUCUUAACGUCUGAGAUUUUCCAAGAAGAAUUAGAGAAGUUCUUCUGCCAGUAUUGUGACUAUAGCAAUUCUACAGUAAGGGGGAUUUUGAAUCAUCAAAAUAAAAUGCAUGGUGAUCUCGAAACAAACGCUGCGCAGAUCUUAAGGCAUACUGUUGUGGUUCAAGGGCAAACCAAACAAUCUCAGUCAAAAGCAGUCCACUCACCCAACUCUCCUCACAUCUUGUCUCGUCCUCUUUUGAAGGACGAGGUUGAAGACAUGUUUUUCUGUCAGAUUUGCAACUAUAGCAAUCAAACAGUGGUAGGGGUUUUGAAUCAUCAAAGGAAAAGACACCUUGAUAUGAAACUAACUGCUAAGCAAAUCCUUGAAUAUACUGCUACGGUUAUGGGCAAAUCCCAGUCAGUACGAGAAGACACACUUAACUCAUCCCAAGAAGAAGAGGGGAAGUUGUUUUACUGCCAGCAUUGUGACUAUGACAAUCCCACAGUUAGGGGUGUUUUGAAUCAUCAGAAAUUAAGACAUAGUGAUCUGCCGGCUACUGCGGAUCAAGUUGUCCGGUAUACUACCAUUGUUCGCAGCCCCCCCAAAAAAGUAAUAGCCCAACAACCUAAAAAGUCCUCCAUGAAAGCUUCACAAUCUCGCACGCAGAAAGCUGCACCGCUCAGGUCCUUAAAAUGCCGCAAAUGCUCUUAUAUAACUCCCCAUAUAUAUCUUUUGAAAAGGCAUCUGAGGAAUAACCACCAAGAGAAAGCCCCAAUCACAACGAUUAUGCGUUGGGCUUACCAAGAUGGCCAUUUACAAGCAGGUUAUCAUUGCGAGUGGUGUGUUUGUUCACACACUGAAGCGAAGGGACUCCUCCGGCACUACCGGCAACGUCAUCCAGAUAAAAAUACUGGACUUGAGUCCAUCAUCCUGAGGUUACAUGUUGGCCCUAAGACUUCUCGAUCUAAAAAAAUUAAGCCUAACACAGAGCGCAGUGUUAAACAUGAAAAUAUUACCCUCAGGUUUGGGGAAGUUCCGAAGACCUCCCCAUCUUUUCAGUCCGGAGAAGGUGACACAAAAGUCUAUCCAUGCCGAGCAUGUUCCUUUAAGGCUACUUCAAUGGGGGGUAUCGGCAGCCACUACCGUGUAGUUCAUCCAUGGUCUGUCAAGGAAGAUGGAUCUGUGUUAGAUGUCAUUAGUAGUAGGCAGACCCAAGAGCCAGGGGUCCAUGAAGAACAAGCUGUUCCUGAAACCUCGAGGUCAAGCGAGACACAUAUAUGCCCUGUCUGUUCAGGAGAGUUCAACACCCUCCAUGGUAUGUUUACUCAUUGUGGAAAGAAACAUCCAGAAUAUGAUAUGAAGGUCCAUGAACAGCCUGAUGUUCAUGAAACCUCAAAGCCAAGCCAGCGAUGUAGGUGCCCUGUCUGUUCCGGAGAGUUCAACACCCUCCAUGGUAUGUUUACUCAUUGUGGAAAGAAACAUCCAGAAUAUGAUAUGAAGGUCCAUGAACAGCCUGAUGUUCAUGAAACGUCAAAGCCAAGCCAGCGAUGUAGGUGCCCUGUCUGUUCCGGAGAGUUCAACACCCUCCAUGGUAUGUUAACUCAUUGUGGAAAGAAACAUCCGGAAUAUGAUCCAUCAGCUUGUGAAAAGGAACCUGAAUCUAGUACAGGUGAUGGGACUCUGGUAUUCAAGUGUUCAAUCUGUCCGUAUGUGAACUCUCGCGCUCAUGGUGUUCUAACUCACUGCCAGAUGAGGCAUCCAGCCACCAAAGCCAGAACUGAGAGACUUGAACAAGAAAUUGUACACUUCAGUGACCCAGAUGAAUGUGUGAAAGUCCGAUUGGGUAAGAGGAUAGGAUUGGCAGGCUUCCAGUGCAAUAUGUGUCCAGUCAUCCAUGCAAAAUUCAAGAAGUUGAAAGCUCACUAUGAGAUGGAUCACAAACGAUCUGCCUCCAAUAUGUUCAAACCGACCUUGAAACAAUCCGCUGCCAUUAAAAAACAGCUGCUCUCCAAAUAUAGAGGCUCCCAGACCUCAAUUGCCCAAGCUGCCAUUUUAAAAAAUAGGAAAUCCGUCAUAGUCAAGUGCCACCUUUGCAAGUACUUUUGCACCACUAAAAAGGGUCUUGCCCGCCAUCUUCGCAUUAACCACAGUACAGUGGCUCCAAUUGAGGACAAAGAGUUUUCCUACAAGUGUGCACUGUGCUCGUAUACGACUUUGAUUUGUAAGUACCUUGCAGCCCACUAUAGGAGGCAACAUGACAAUGCCGCUUUCAACAACCACUUUGUUCCAGCAUUCAGACCUCACCGCAUUCCUCCAACCUCACCACACCAUAAGGCUUCUUUGAGUCAGGAACCCAAAUCACCUGGUGAGAAGAGAAACUGUUCUCUCUGUUUUUUCCAAUGCCUUAGUGAAAAAGGCAUGGUCUCCCAUUAUGUGAUUUGCCAUCCAGGAGUCUCUCACAGCAUGCAGAAAUCUAGCGAACACCGACCGAUUAACACACUGCACUCUCCCCCCAAGCCCAGAAAUCGUCACGGGCAACAGAAACCUGUCUGCAAGUUAUUUGAUCCACAAUGUGAGAAAGGCAGUGUAUUGCGUCCAGUUGAAUGCAAGAAAUGUGUGAAAUUAUUCUUCAAUUCAAAUCUCCUGCUAAGUAUCCACUACACCAAUUUCCACAAUGAAGAUUUCAAACGGGACUUCACUAUACUUUCAAAGACUUCAGAGAUUGGCACGGAGUUCUACAGAUGUGGAUACUGUAACCUCCAAAUCCAGGGCAGUGCGGACCUCGGCUCCCAUCUCGACCAUCAUAAUGAGGAGUUUCAGACGCUGGAAAAUGGACAGAAGAGGAAACAACACCUUAGUGAGCCACCAAUAAAGACCAAGUCUGUUACGCAUGAAAGACAAGAACUGCCCGAUGUUCUGACGGCAGCGGAAUCGGACAGUCAUUGGAUUGUGACAAAGGUGGAAUCUGUUGCAACAGGGAUGGGUCCAAUGGGGUCCCCUUCCCCUGUCCCGUCGACGACAGAACCAGAGGGGGGGUCAGCAGGAGAGGAGUGCAAGCACUGCGGGCGAACUUUCAUGUCUUUGAAAGGUUUACGCUCACACGAGCGGAGCCAUGCAGCUACGGCAGCGCUCAAACGGCUGGACAACGUACCACAUCAACAGAAGCAGAUGUUUGACCGCCAUAUUAGGCAUCGCCCCGGGACCAUCAAACCCUUCCAUUGUGGGCUCUGUCGGUACAGAACUACCAUCUUGAGCCUCUUGAAGAACCAUCUGCUCAAAGUACAUGGUGCUGAGUACCCAUCCAAGAACCUUCCUUCCUCCGUGACCGGUAGCCAGGACAGGGAGCACACCCUGGGGGCCAAUGAAGAGGCCCCUAACCUGCCAGAACCUCAGGAAGGCAAUCACAUGUCUGAUGAUUCUGAGGAAACAGACUUCACUGAAAAACCAGUGUACUUGGAGCCCCCAGAUGUCCAGCGGCAGCUCAACCACUACAGGCAGGUGGCUCAGGCCUCCAGACAUCCAGCCCAACAGGCCACCGCGACCACUCAAGAUGCGUUAUUCAUCUGUGAGUUUUGUAUCUACACCUCAACACACAUCAAGAGUAUGCGCCGGCACUACAUAAAUCGGCACAAUGGGAAAAGGCUGGUGAGGUGCAAGGACUGCUCCUUUUUCACGGGCUUCAGGAAGAAGUUGGAUAUACACGUAGAGACGGCACAUGCCAGUAGCGCAACAGAAGCUCCUAAGGACCUACGCUGCCCUCUCUGUCUUUACCAUACCAAAAACAAAAACUGCAUGAUCGACCACAUCAUCCUCCAUCGUGAGGAGCCGGUGGCCCCGAUAGAGGUGUGUCGUCCAAGGCUAUCGCGAUAUCUCCAGGGCCUCGUGUUCCGCUGCCACAAGUGCACCUUCACCAGUUCCAGUGACGAGAAGCUGCAUCUGCACAUGCUCAUUAAGCACGACGAUAUCAAGCCCUACAAAUGCAGACUGUGCUACUUUGACUUCACACAGCUGAGCGAGUUGGAGGCACACCUAUGCGAUAAGCACCAGGUCGUGAGGAACCAUGAGCUGGUGGGACAGGUCCAUCUGGAGGAACUGGAGACCAGACUGGGAAGAGUCAACCGAGAAAAGGAGAAGAAAUGUGACCAGGAAUUAGGAAAUGAAGAAGACAAAGAAGAAAUAAAUAAACAUGGUGAGAAACUAGGGCUGGAGGAAGAGGGGGAGAACGCUGACAAGCUAAGGAACAAAGAGAAGGAUGAAACCAACCACAGACAUAGUGAGAAGCAGCAGGUGCUGGAGGAGGGAGAGAACAUAGAGAAGCUAGGAAAAGAAGAAGAGAAAGACCAGGAAGAAACUAACAGAAGACUUAAAGAAACUCAAGGGCUUAAAGAAGGGGAUACCAUUGAGGAAAAAGGGUUGGAGAAAAAUGGGGAGAACAUUGCCCCCAAAAAAUAUGAAUUUCAAGGAUAUGAGAACAAAGGAAACGUAGAAGAAAAAUCCAUGGACUGUGAAGAGAACCAAGGGCAACAAGAUGAGGUGAACAAAGAUGGAGAUAAUGAGGUGUCAGAGAACAGUGACCAAAGCAGUGAAUUCCAUGAGAGCCAUGAUUUUAGUUGUGAGGAGAACAAGGAGGAACAAUAUGAAGAAUGCCAUGGGGAGCUCGAGCAUGAGGAUAAGGAGAUGGUAGAGGAACAAUUUAUGGACUUUGAGGAAGAGAACCGAGAACCUGGAGAGAUGGACAUAGGAGAACAAAACAACCAAUAUCAUGAGAUGCCAGUGCUUAAAAAUGAAGCCUGCAACUAUCAUGAAAUGCCAGUGCUUGAAAAUGAAGAGGGCAAAGAGGAAACACACAGGAAUCCUAGUGAGAAACAGGAACAUGAGGUGGUGGUGAAGAAUGACAGUCUGAAACCUGAGUGCAAUACGAAACAGGAGCAAGGGUCUGUAGAGGACGAAAAGUCUGAAGAAAACCCCAUGAGUGACGAUAAGCAAGAUCAUGAAAAUGGCAACACAUCUGCACCAAAAGAUGCCUCCGCUACCCUGAGGAUAAUUCCAUCGACCAGAAAUGAAAAUGCGCUUUCUUGCAAGCUCUGUGGCCGAAUUCUCAUGAACAGCACUGACCUGGAACGACAUGUGAUGCGCCAUGGCUUGUAACUCAGUGUGUCGGUGCAACUGAUAAGGAUGUACUGACUUUGAGGGUGUUGCUGCUUAGAAAUGCUGAUUUUAACAGCAAGGAGAUUAUGUGAAUUUCAAUUGAAACGGUUGCAUAUGGUUUCCACCUGUAACUAGUCUUGACUGAGGAGACACUGCAGCUAUUGUUGUAAAGGACAAAAAGUCUUAUCCCAGAAUGACAGCUGUUCACAUUUCCAACGAAUUAGUUUUGGUGCUUUCUUAAUAUUUUCAUCCUGUUGUCUUUUAACAUUUUUGUAAUAAAUGACUAUCCUAGAA